AUGACUACCACCGCUGCUAUCAACUUCAUUACCGACGGCUUCCCGGCCCCCGGUCUGCGUCCGGUCCAACGUCUCAUCACCGGCAACAAAGAAGAAGAUGGCAAAGGCCACUUCCUUGUCACUGACGCUGGUGACCACCACCGUGUGAUGGGCGAGAACCAGGCCGUCGCCAACAUCAUCUACUCCACAAAUGAGAAUCCUGUUGACCUCAACGAGGACAAAGACAUCAAGUUCUCCCAGGAGAACGAGCCCGGUCUCCAUAUCACCAACGGCACUGUGGUGCGCAUGAUCGACUUCGGCCCUGGAGUAGAGUCACCCAUGCACCGUGCCAUGUCAAUCGAUUAUGGUAUUGUGCUGGAGGGUGAAUUUGAGUUGACACUCGACUCUGGCGAGACACGCCUCAUGAAGCGCGGUGAUGUGAGUGUGCAGCGGGCGACGGCGCACAAGUGGAAGAAUAUUACUGCUGGAGAGACGGAGGCUGGACGGAUGUUGUAUGUCUUGCUUGAUUGUAAGGAGGUUUUGGUCCAGGGACAAAAGAUCGAAGGAUUUUUGGGCGAGUUGGAGAAGGAGUAUGAAGGAAGGAGUGCGUGA